CCACCGGUGAUGCUCAGCCUGAUGCACUUCCCUCAAUGCAGGGCACCUUGCCACACUUCAUCCAGGAGCCAGAGGACGCCUACAUCGUCAAAAGCAACCCCAUUAAGCUGCACUGUCGAGCCACACCCGCCUUACAGAUAUUCUUCAAAUGCAACGGGGAAUGGGUGCACCAGAAUGAGCACUUUUCCCAGGAGUAUAAGGACCUCAAAACUGGGCUGAAGGUGCGUGAGGUGAUGAUCAAUGUGUCCCGUCAGCAGGUGGAGGAUUUCCACGGUCCUGAGGACUACUGGUGUCUCUGUGUGGCCUGGAGCCACCUGGGCACCUCCAAGAGUCGCAAGGCUACUGUCCGCAUCGCCUACCUGAGGAAAAACUUUGAGCAGGACCCCCAGGGGAAGGAGGUGCCAAUCAACAUGAUGAUCGUUCUGCACUGUCGCCCUCCUGAGGGAGUGCCUGUGGCGGAGGUGGAAUGGCUAAAAAAUGAAGAGCUGCUGAGCUCCCUGACCGAUGACAACAUUGACACCCGUGCAGACUACAACCUCAUCAUCAACAAGGCUCGACUGUCUGACUCAGGCAACUACACCUGUCUGGCCAGCAACAUUGUGGCUAAGAGACGCAGUGCCACAGCCACUGUGAUAGUUUUUGUGAACGGGGGCUGGUCCCUGUGGACAGAGUGGUCGCCCUGUAAUGUGCCAUGUGGGCGGGGUGUCCAGAAGCGCUCUCGAACCUGUACUAACCCGGCGCCUCUCAAUGGCGGGUCUUUCUGCGAGGGCAUGUCUGUACAGAAGAUCACCUGCAACGCACUCUGCCCAAUUGAUGGAAGCUGGGAUGAAUGGAGCGAAUGGACCCUAUGCAGCAGCCAGUGCGAGAAGCAGCGGAGUAGGGAAUGUAACUCCCCAGCACCCAGACACCGCGGCAAGAUGUGCGAAGGGACCGGCGAGGCCACUGAGAACUGCACAGAUGGACUGUGUACCCAAAAUCAAAAGCUGCUACAUGAUGUUAAGCCUCAAAGUAUGGACAGCUCCAAUGAUGUAGCCCUGUACUCUGGCCUGGGAACCGGAAUCAUUGCUGUGGCAAUCCUUGUAAUAGCAAUCAUGCUGUACAGGAAGAACCACAGUGAGUACGGUGUGGAUGUCAUUGACUCCUCUGCGCUCACUGGGGGUUUACAGUCUUUCAACUUCAAGACCACCAGACAAGGCAACCCCCUGCUUCUCAACUCCUCAAUGCAGCCUGACUUAACUGUGGGACAGACAUACAGCACACCCGUCUGCUUCCAGGACAGCACAGACAAAGAGCUAUUUGACCCCCUGCCAGACAUCAAGGUCAAAGUUCAGAGCUCCUUUAUGGUUUCACUAGGUGUGGCCGAGCGGGCAGAGUUCCACGCCAAUACCUCCGCCGAGACCUUCCCGCGGGAUAUGAGCUGGGUCUACAGCAACACCGCGGAUAGACCUAAGCAGGGCCUGCUCACCCUCAAUGGGCCCUUCAGCACUGGAAAAGAGCAGCUGAGGAUUAACAGCGUGAUCGGCCACCCUGGAGGACGCCUGGUGGUGCCAAACACCGGGGUCAGCCUGCUGGUGCCUCAUGGAGCCGUGGCUGAAAAUAUGUCCUGGGAGAUGUACAUGGUGAUCAAUCAGGGAGAGGCAAGUGUUCAAUCACUGGAAGGCUGUGAAAUCCUUCUGGGCCCAGAGGUGAUGUAUGCUCCUCCGGGCCUGGACCUUGCCUGCCCAGUGGCCAUGACCAUCGCUCACUGUGCCGAGGUGGACACAGAGAACUGGAACAUCCAGCUCAAGAGGAAAACACAGGACAGCAAAUGGGAGGAAGUGAUGUCAGUGGAGGAGGACUCCACUUCCUGUUACUGUCUGAUGGACUCAACAAGCUGCCAUCUGCUUCUGGACCAGCCGGGCUCAUACGCCCUGGUGGGCGAGCCACUUAGGCAGGCUGCCGUCAAGAGACUGAAGUUGGCUGUGUUUGGGAGCAUGGAGGCCGGCUCCAUGAGCUACAGCCUGCGGGUGUACUGUGUGGAUGACACGCCACACGCCUUUCAGGGAGUGGUGGCUGCAGAGAAGACCAGAGGUGGUCAGCUCCUCGAGGAGCCAAAGAUGUUGCCUUUCCAAGCGAACACCUUCAGCCUCCAGGUGUCCAUCCAAGAUGUUCCCCAGUUCCUGUGGAGCAUCAAACCCUUUACCACAUGUCAGGAGUUUUCUUUCCCCCAAGUGUGGUGCAGCAACCAACAGCCCCUGCACUGUGCCUUUUCUCUGGAGAGAUACAGCCCUGCCACCACCCAGCUCUCCUGCAAAAUCAGCGUGCGCCAGGUCAAAGGCCAGGAGCAGAUUCUGCAGGUCUACACAGCUGUAGCCGAGACUGAAAAGGAGUCAGUUCCAGUUUGUAUGCAGACAGACUGCACCAUCACAUCCCAGACGGGGCCCAAAGCCUUUAAAAUCCCUUUGUCCAUCCGCCAGAGGAUCUGUGCCACCUUUGACACUGCCAACGCCAAGGGCAAGGACUGGCAACUCUUAGCCCAGCAGCUCCACUUAGAUAGAAACCUGGGUUAUUUUGCAAAGCAGCGGAGUCCAUCAGCAGUCAUACUGAGCCUGUGGGAGGCUCGCCACCAGGACACUGCUGACCUUGACUCUCUAGCCAGCGCCCUCGAGCAGAUUGGCAAGAUCCACUACAAAAGCUCCCCCAAGGACCAGGAUGAGCCUCAGUCUGACUGCAAUCACAUACAAGCGGGCAGUGUGUGUGGAACGGCCAGAGUAACAAAUCAGGAAUCAGGAUUAUACAGAAUGAAAGAAAAGAGAGGGAGUGAAAAUUGACAAACUAAGGCCUAUCUGUGUGUACACACACAGCCAGUGAUGGACAACACACACUGUGGCGGUGUGCUGGAAGGUCAUGAGGUUGUGAGUAGACAGUGCGAGCAGUCAACAUGCCAACCAAUUUCAACAGAAGGAGGUGAACCGGUACCUGCUGUGGAUCCACCCCUCUCUUUUAAGAAUCUGUCUGAGGAUGGACCAUAAAUCGUGUUCUGCCUCUCCACUCACAUCACAUCUUAAGUUAUUUUUAAUUUCUUUGUUGUUUUAAGUUAAAAUAUCUCUGUGUCCAUUCCUUUUCCAACUCACAGGGUGAGUGGGGUAGUUCCUGAACUUUUGUGCAGACCAUUUUUCUGAAUUUGUGUGAAAAGAGAUAGGAGCUCCUUUUUUCCAUUCUGCCUCCCCGCCUUUUACCAGUGGUCCACACGGCAGCUGGACGUAUUUGCAUAGAGGUUCUUCUAUGCAAAUAGGGUGAUACAAUUGUGGCAACAUUUUAAUUUUAUCUAUUUGUUCCUCCACACCACAUCCUUGUGUUGAUGAAUGAAUGACUACUUAGAAGCCACCUUUUUGAUGUUCAAUAUUAUAUUUUUAAAAGAAGGCUUAAAUGUUUUGAUUGUGAACUUUCAAAGCCAAGUAUCUUGAAAUGCCCUCAUUUUCAUAUCUUAUAGGAAGUUUAGCACCAGUAUUAUAUCAUUUAUACAAAAGUUGUAAAGGAACCCCCGCACACUGUCUAACUUGCAAAAAGAAAUGUAAUAGCUGGCAACAUUUCGGUUCUUAAUUAUCCUCAGGCCAAAUGCCAGUCAGAGUGUAACGUCUUAUGUGUUAUAAGAAGAAAAAAAACACGACUGUGGCGUUAUGUGGCAGAGUGAGAUUUGAAACCGUUGCACAGGAACAGGGAGCACAUCGUUGCGUCUUAUCAUCCAAUUCCCACCAAUAAUACCCGUCACACAGACCUCAUAUCAUUUCCUGACACACCCGACUGCCACCGCCACUACCUAACCCCCAAAACACAUGUAGACACAAGUAUUGACAUUUCAUGGUUACAGAGGUCAUGUGCACAUGGACUGGGAGUUUACAUAAAACAAAAAAGGAAUACUGAUUAGACAGCAUUACUUUUUUCAGUAACGAGUAAUCUAAUUGAUUACUCUUCCCAUCUUAAUAACGCUGUUACCGUUACUGCCAAAAAAAUGUGGUAGACCUCCGAGCCAAAAGGCAAAGAUUUUUUUUUUUACUGUUCUUCCUUGGUUAGUGGGCAGUGCACAAGACAAGCGCAUUAAUCCUGACGAUUGGCUGAAAUUGAGUAAAGUUUCAUGGUAAGUCAGUCAGAGGUAGAGUUGGGCGGGUGUUCAAAAACACGCAUAGUCGGACACACAACGAACCACACAAGCAAGUCAAUCAACAAGAGACUGGUAUGCCAAGCCCAAAUGAGGGGCAAUACAUUUUAAAAGUUCCAAAACAUCUAUGGUGUCAUUUGCAUUGAUCCAUAUAUAAACAUAAUAUCUACAUACAUGGUAUUUGAUUGGAGGUUAGUCUCACUUUCUCUUGUGUACAUUGUUUCUAUUAAUAAUGUACUGUAUUAAGUGUCCAUUUCAUUAUAAUAUUCAGAUUUAUCAUAAACAAAUUUAAUAUACACAUGUAUUUUAUGUUCCGUCAAAGAGGGGUGGAGGUGGGGUCACAUUUGAGCAUUUAAAAUGUACUGCAACAGUAACAUAAUAGUUACUUUCUGAAGUAACGAGUAACUAAUUUAGUAACUAACUUAGUUUUGAAGAAAUAACUAGUAACUGUAACUAAUUACUUUUUAAAAGUAACUUGCCCAACACUGUUACUGAUGGUGUCAGUGUCAUAGAUACAACAUGCAGUUGCAUAUCUGUUUAAAUCAUACUAAUCCCAUACCAUACUGAGGCGAUACCUGGGCAAAAUCCUCAAAAAUAAUGGUAGAUUUGCUGACCUAUAUUACUGCAUGAUUUUUGAAGUUGAAUCAUUAUAAAUGAAGAGGCCACCGAGAUGAAAUGUAACACUCUCCCUAAUUUUGUUAUUGUACCCAACUGAAGCAGUCAGAGCUUUAGCCAGUGUUUUAAGGGCACUCAUACUCAUUAAGGUAAUAAUUUGUGGAACUAAAAACUGAUAAAAUUAUACACCAGUUUAAAUCAAUACAUGAAGACUUAUAAUUCACAUUUGUUUUCAUCAUUUUACAAUAAAAAUAUAUUACGCCUUCAUGCUGCAGAGGUUUACAACAUUUACCUCAAGUCACAGUGGGUAUCUGCCUUUAUUCUACCACAGAGACCCAUGCUGCAAAAUAAGGCCAACUAAAUUACACAAGAACACAUUAUCUUACUUACCCCAAGUGAUAUUUGCACAGUGUUGUCUGCCUCAUCCUUCUUUCUGACUCUACCUUAAGUGAAUGGAACGUCAUUUGUGGUGCUCACAGUAUUGAAAGAUUACAUUUAUCAACAUUGACAACAACAUAUCAUUCCAGAAACAAUUUCCUGGUUACACUUGAAAAUUCACAGAACAUACUGUGUUUAUAUGGACUGCCCCACAAUUGAAAUUUCAUUCACCUCCAUUGUACUUGGGUGGAGGCAGAAAUAUUCUUGGCAGAUAUCUGAUCACAUGGACAAAUAAAAAAAGUAUAUUCCAGUUGUCUCUAAAUAGUGACUCAUUAAUUUAUACAUUGCGUUGCACAGACAGGUGUGGAGUUGUAGAGACUGGUUAUAAUCGUUCACUGAGUGACAGCAGGAUGGAAUAUUUCUGAGUUCUAUACACACACUGAGUCACAGGCUAGCCUCAUUUGUGAUCCCAGCACUUUGUAUUUUUCUUUGUGACAUGAACACAACAUUGCUCAAUUUCUUUACAUGUCUCUCUGCCAGAAAUAAGACAUUGUUUGUGUGGGGUAAAACCAUCAUUCAACACAGACUCCAUUUAGCUGCUAUAACCAGCACAUCAGACUUAACGCACGUCCAGAGAAGAAGACCAACGAAACGAAAGGACACAGGUGAUUAUGAUGGAUUUAAAUGUUGGUUUUGCCACAACAAAACAUUUUGACAUUUCAGACGUACGGAGUGCUGAGGAAACAAAUUGGGUUACAUGUACACAUCUGUGUUGGUACAGUAUGACUUGAAGCCAAAUAGAGCACUUUUUUAAAUUAAGGUAUACUUUAUCACUUGGUGUAAACACCUUAAAGGUUGGCUACUUAUUGCUCUUGUGAAUCAUUAAAACUAAAACUAACUAAUUUUGUAUAAUGCCAUUUUAUUGACAUACUGUUUCACUUGGACACCUCCUUAAGUAAACAUAAGAAAAAAAACAUGCCACCCCCUAGUUUGAUUCAGUACAGCAAUGACUCAAACAGCUUCAUUCACUUAUCAUCAAGGGGAGUUUUUUUUAAAAACAAUAACCAUUAGUGAACCUUGUGGUUUGAGUCUUAUGACCUUUCUCACCAGUUACUAUAUUCAAUAAAUAACAUCACAGUAGCAGUAACCAUGUAAAACAGAGGAAUGUGGUACAAAUGAAAAAUUUAAAGCAUAUGCUUGGAGCUGCUUUUUCUCUUGAACAAUCUAGUUGAUUUGGUUGUGGCACCCAGUUGAGUCAGUCUUUGCUUUUACCCAGUCCUUAGUCUGUUGUGCCACCAAAUCCCACAUUGUCUCCAAUCUUAAUGCUGAUACCCUCAACUGUAUUAAGAGUUAAAAGCAGAAAGCUACAAGGAAAUUUUGGGAUCUUUAGCACAAUACUGGAUACUAUAACAAAAUAAGGGACAAAUUUUUCAUCUGGAAAUUGGUUCCUUUAACCAUGACUGAAUACAUCACUUGCGUUAUGUACUUUGUAUAUAUAUUUUUUAAAUGUCCGUCAUCAGGUACAACGCGUUCUUAUGAACGGGUUAGUAUAAUAUCAUUAAGCAAACGCAUGCACAAUAAUUUAUUCUCCAAAAAUAUUUUAAAGGGGUAGAGAAGCCAGUCAUAUCUCCCCCCCCCCCCCCCCCCCCACACACGCUGAGCUUCUUUCUUUCUUCUUUAUUUCUUAUCAAAUUUUAUUCAUCUUUUAUGUCAUUUAAGCUGGCAAGUGAAGAAUGUGAUCUCCAUAUUAUUGUUCCUUUAAUUGUGUAACUAUUCAUUCCUGCAAGUAAAGUUUCAAGAAUGGAAAUGUUUGUUUUUGUAACGCUAUACUAUGGCUAAAGUUGCAUCAAGAGCAUCCUGUCUGUGCAGACUCAGCAAUCACCCUCAUUCUGGUUGUGUUUCAGCUAUGUCCACUCUCAUAAACAUGUUGAAAUUCUGGUUGUUUUUUCAAAGUGAGCUCACACACACACAAAUGUAUUCUCACUAUGUAUAAUGCUUUGGUGUAAGGCUAAUCUUGAGAUAAAAAGUUCACUGUUUGCGUCCAUGACUUUCUGUCAGCUGAGUUGGUCCCAUGCUAUUUUUUUGCUUUACACAUGGCCUUUGGCUUCAUAUCACUAUUCUUGUGCCUUGUUUAACUACUGUAAAUGGUAAAUGUUUUAAAGUACAGAUGCAGAUGAAAAAAAUAACAAUCACACUGACAUACAGUAUAUGUAAAGGUAUUAGUUGAAAACGUAUUUAAGAUUAUAAUAUCAAAUUGGCUGCAGAGCUUUUCUAGUGCUGAACAUCAUGGUAAUGCCAGGGCAGCUUUGUGGUAUAUUGUAUCUAUACUUAUGGACAUUUUGGAUGUUUUCUGUACAGUAGAAUUUGCAAAUGUAUAUGCAGCCUUUUGGAAAUAAAUGUACAGUUGAAGA